AGCGCAGGGGCCCGGGGACAGAGACAGAGCAGGCAGUCAAAAUGCUCGUAUGUGGCGAACGGAGCCUAAAUCAGUGCGCAACUGGAUAAAAGAAAAAAGUGUGAUCCGUGUGGAGCUCACAAUAACAGGAAUAUUAUAUGCUGGGUGUUUUCCCUUAAAUGGAUUACCAAAGGAAUAUGAUAUUCAGUCGGAUUGCCCCAUUCAUGAGUAAAUUCGGAUACUCAAGGUAACAUCUCCACUAGUGUGAAACAGGAAGUGUCGUCUGUGAGCAGCCAUGGGCCAGAGAGCUGUGCUUCUGCUCAGUGAGCUGCUGCUGCUGCUGAUGACAGCCUCACGCACUCUCCUCGCAGUCAGCUUCCCUGAGGACACUGUACCCCUUGAUGUCGUUGACGCACACUUUUCACGGAGAUACCCUGUGUUCAGAGGCAGGCCCUCUGGCAAUGAGUCACAGCAUCGCCUUGACUUUCAGCUUAUGACCAAGAUACAGGACACACUGUUCAUUGCUGGCAGAGAUCAGGUGUACCUAGUCAGUCUGAGAGAAUCCUACAGGAAUGAGAUAAUUCCCUACCGGAAGCUUACAUGGCGAUCGGGCCAAGCUGACAGAGAGAUGUGUGCUGUCAAGGGAAAACACAGAGACGAGUGCCACAACUUUAUCAAAGUGCUGGUUCCGCGAAACGAUGACCUGGUGUUCAUCUGUGGUACUAACGGCUUCAACCCCAUGUGCAGAUACUACAGGCUGGACAACCUAGAGUUUGAUGGGGAGGAGAUCAAUGGACUGGCACGAUGCCCAUUUGACUCCAAGCAAACCAAUGUUGCCCUUUUUGCUGAAGGGAAGCUGUAUUCCGCAACUGUAGCUGACUUCCAGGCCAGUGAUGCUGUCAUCUAUCGCAGUAUGGGUGAUGGAUCAGCCUUGAGGACCAUCAAAUAUGACUCCAAAUGGCUGAAAGAACCUCAUUUCCUGCACGCAGCAGAGUAUGGGAAUUACGUGUACUUUUUCUACCGAGAGAUUGCAGUGGAGCACAGCAAUCUGGGCAAGGUUGUGUAUUCUCGUGUGGCCCGGAUCUGUAAGAAUGACGUAGGUGGGUCACAGCGGGUGCUGGAGAAGCACUGGACGUCUUUUGUGAAGGCGAGGCUAAAUUGCUCCGUGCCGGGGGAGUCCUUCUUCUACUUCGAUGUGCUUCAGUCCAUCACUGACAUCAUCAACAUCAAUGGAGUUCCCUCAGUGGUGGGUGUGUUUACCACACAGAUGAACAGUAUCCCAGGGUCAGCAGUGUGUGCCUUCUCCAUGGUCGACAUUGAGAAAGUAUUCUGGGGCCGGUUCAAAGAGCAGAAGACUCCUGACUCUGUGUGGACUCCAUUUCCAGAGGAGAAGCUGCCCAAACCUCGGCCCGGGUGCUGUGCAGGUCAUGGUCCAGCUGCGUCCUUGAAGAGCUCCAUCGAGUUCCCGGACGAUACCCUGCAGUUCAUCAAGUCCCACCCCCUCAUGGACACAGCUGUGCCUUCUAUCGGGGAUGAGCCUUGGUUCACCAAGACCCGUGUCAGGUACAGACUGACAGCGCUGGCUGUGGACAAUGAAGCUGGGCCUCACAAGAACUACACAGUUGUGUUCAUCGGGGCUGAGUCAGGGGUUGUCCUCAAGGUUUUGGCCAAGACCUCCUCUGUGUCCCUGAAUGACAGCCUGCUUUUGGAGGAGAUAGAUGUCUUCAACAGGGCCAAGUGCCUGUCUAACCGCGAGGAUGACAAGCGUGUCCUCUCGCUGCAUGUGGACAAAGACGCACACAGCCUGUAUGUCGCCUUUUCAAGCUGUGUCAUCCGUGUUCCCCUGAGUCGCUGUGAAAGGCAUUCUUCCUGCCACAAGUCCUGCAUUGCAUCAAGGGAUCCUUACUGUGGCUGGAAGCCUCAUGGAGCCUGUGAGAGGAUACAGCCUGGUGUUAUGACUGGAUACGAGCAGGACGUUGAAUUUGGAAACACUGCCCACCUGGGAGACUGUCAAGCGUUUUUGGGCACUACAUCAGCGCCAGAUUACAAAUCAUUUGGCGACCCUACCUCUGACAUGGAGUUUUCAUCAGCGCCAGUCACUGUCCACACCAGUGGGCCCAUACUCCCCCCAGUACUCAUACCCACUCAGAGACCCAGCUCAGAGCCUGGUCCAGAGCUCUACGGCUCAGGCUUUGUGCUGCAGGAUGACCCAGCCACCUCCCAUUCUUUAGACUCUAUCCCAGGGGGCCAAGAGGGUGUUUGGGAUAUUCAAGCGGGUGACACCAACCAGAUGGUUCACAUGAACAUCCUCAUCACCUGCGUGUUUGCUGCUUUUCUCAUGGGUGCCCUCUUGGCUGGUCUGAUUGUUUUCUGCUACCGAGACUCAUUUCUCCGUAAACCAAGACAUGUCCACAAGGAUGCAGAGUCUGCACCGUCCUGCUCCGACUCCACUGGAAGCUUUGUCAAGCUCAACGGCCUCUUUGAUAGCCCUGUAAAGGAGUACCAAACCAACAUUGAUUCUCCCAAGUUGUACACCAAUCUGCUGAGCAACAGCAAAGACCUGAAUACACCCAACGGUGACACUAAGACCAUGAUCCUGCGGGAUGGCUGUCAGCCCCCUGAGUUGGCUGCCCUGCCUACACCCGAGUCCACCCCUGUGCUUCAGCAGAAAGGCCUGCAGCCCAUCAAAAACCAGUGGGAGAGGGCUCACGGGAAGGCUAGUGGGCCCCGUAAGGAGUCCAACUCAUCAGUCAAGAGUCCUCAGUUCCUUCUUUCUUCUCCUGCUCCUCCUAAUUCCAACACCCAUCACCCUCACCUCGCCCUGGGACACUCCCACAUCCCCAGCGCGGUUGUUUUGCCCAAUGCCACACAUGACCACCCUAACCAUGACAAUGGAGAUGAUACACUGCCACAUUCAUCUGAAAAGAAGCCAGAUUCUAAGGGAAGUAGGAAAGACCAGAAGAGGUCUGUGGAUGCCAGAAAUACCCUAAAUGACCUUUUAAAACACCUUAACGACUCUGUGGCUAGCCCCAAGGCCGUUCAUCAAGAGGGAUCAGGGCCCCGCCCAAGACAACAGCUCACACUGGAGCCCAUGGAAGAACUAACUGAAGUACCCCCCAUGGUGCCUAGCCGUGAGGCUUCCCUGUACUCUCCCUCUUCCUCCCUGCCAAGGCACAGUCCCACCAAGAGGGUUGAUGUGCCCUUGCCCACCACUCCCACCACACCAACGGGCAGCCUGAGCAUGGGGGGCACCCUGGAGAGGCAAAGAGGGGGUUAUCAACUCCACCGGAGUGCCUCUCAUAGGCACUCCUUAUCCACCUCACCAAAUGGGGUAACCAUGGGAGUGUCUGUGUCUCGCCAACACAGUAUGAACAGAGGGGGUUACAUGCCCCCAACACCCCCCUCCAGACUUGACUCUCAUGGCGGAGUGAUGGGGGCAGGAGGAAUGCACUCAGCCCACCCAUCCUCUGUAUCCCGACAGAGCAGCUACAGUGGGCAUUGCUCACUCCCUCGCACAGGGCUUAAACGGACCCCAUCGCUAAAGCCGGAUGUGCCCCCUAAACCCAAUGGGUUUCCACCACAGACUCCACAGAUGCGAGUGGUCAAUAAGUACAGUUAUUAAAAGAGUAUGGACACUUCUGAGUGAGCUCUUGGCCUUGACUGUAGAGCUUUGAGCCCUGAGGGCUUUUGGAGGGGGGGGGGGCUAUGGAAGGGGUAAGGCCUAGUGUGUUUGUGUAUCAACUUGAGGUGUGUUCCCCCUUUAAAUGAUAUGCACAUUCACUCACACUAAAAGGGAAAUUCACACAUGUGGCCAAAGAUACUCCUUGGGGCUUUUUUUCUCCCUCCCUUGUCACGGUAGCCACAGGAUAUGAACAGUGGACAGUGGUGAAUCUGCUGCUCCCCAUUGUAUCUGGGCUUGGGUGUUGCCCGUUCCCAUUUUAGGUACAAGGUUUAGGACACUUGCUGGGGCCACUACUACAUCUGUGCGUGUGGUACCAGGUUAAAAACAGUGGAAUACUUGAAGAAUGGGUCUCAUUUGUCACUGCCCUAGAGCACUGUCUUCCCACUAAUGUGAACUGAACAAAGAGGAGAGGUAGAUCAUGCCUUUGUUAGUAAGAUGGCUGGGGGCAGAGGAGAGGAAACUCAAAAAUCAGAUGUGUUGCAAUGUGUUUUGCUUAAUAUACAUAUGACCACGAACAGCUGAAUCAAACAGCAAGUGAACAGAAACAGUUAGUGCAAAUGAAUGUGUGAAUGUGUUGGUUGACUGGAAUGCAGGUUUGUGUAAAGGAAGUACACAUAUUAGGCCUUCACACUUAAUUAUCAAGAGUGGCGCCACAUGGCAGAGGAUGCACCUUAACACCUGUCAAAGACCUAAGACACUGUCUCUCAUUUCAACAAUAUAAUCUAGUCUUUGGUCUAGUAUCAACCCAUCUGAACCAAGCUUAAACUAUAUUUUUGUGGUAAUUAGGUUAGGCUGAGGUGAAGCUGGUCAUGCUGGAUGUAUACUGGGACAGGCACUCUGUAAUUUACUUGGAAAUUUUACUUAUUACAUUUGCUGCUAUUGCUUAUAGACAUAGGUGUUUGUCUUUGAUUUUUUUCUCUACCAGACUAGGAUACUCCUAAGGGCCUGCACAUCUGUGUGUGAGUGUGUGUGUGUGUGUGUGUGUGUGUGUGUGUGUGUGUGUGUGUGUGUGUGUGUGUGUGUGUGUGUGUGUGUGUGUGUGUGUGUGUGUGUGUGUGUGUGUGUGUGUAUGUGUCAUAAUGCAACAGAGGCCAAGAAGUACCGUUUUGAGCAACCAAACGCACUGGUAUGACUGAUACAUGGGAAAUAAUGCUUCUUCCCAGGACGGAAACCUCCACUGCCCCUUUGUAGGAAUUUUAAUGGUGGUUCAAGAGACUUCUUUCUUUAUGUAGCAAUGGUAUUAAGACAAAACAUACAUUUCUCAUCUCAUUCUAUAAAAGAAAUUUAAACAAAA